UCUGGCUAGAAAAGGGGGACAUGGGUGAAGUGACUUUGCAAAAGAAAUUGCUAUAGCAUUUUUUUCAACCCCGCUUUUUCAUAUGCGUGAUUUCGUCUUCUGUUCCUGUCUGCCUGUAUGAGUUCCCCUUUACAUUUUACCGAAAACGAACGACGUCGUUAUGAAGCCAUCGUAGAGAAAGGACGGUGGACGGUGGAUAACUCAGAAAGCCGUAUUGCUUCACGACUUAUUCCCGAGUCUCCUCGAAAAAGCAUUCUAAAGGGAUGGCAAACCCCAGAGACUCAUCGGACUUCCAUUUAUGAUCGACAAAAACGACGCCGGGAACUGAUUGAGCGACGACGCGUCAGUUUUGCGCCGGAUGCUCGCGUACGAUUAUUUGGACGCAAUGACUCGUUGCUGACCAGUCCUCAGAAAAGAACCAACAUGACCGACGAUCGCCCCGACUCGAGCGUGUUUGACGACCCUUCUGAACAAAAUGUAUCGACCCACGACAAUCCUUUCCUUGCUCGUCUGACAGGGUCACCCAUUGACCGAAAGCGACGACGAUCUGUUUUAUUAGGAAGUCCAACGCCCGAUGUGCGAAGCCCGCAGCAUCAUUUCACACGUAUCAGAGAGGAUCCGUUCAAUGCAUUUGACUUCCAUUACCGAUCCAAUUCCAACGACGCGAUAGAGUUUCCAAAUAACCCGACGGGAAACUCGCCACAAUCUCGUAAAUCAUAUUAUCCAAACGAACAUGAUGCUGUCAUGAAUUUCCUCAACCGACUGGAUCGAACAGAUUCAAGAACCAGUCCAGUCGUUGACAAACAGCUACACGGACGUGUUGAUGCCGUAGACCUUCAUCUGUCGCCACAGCCCCAGAAUAUGCAGACACAGCAUACAGCUAAUGUCACAGGAGCGGGUUCGCAUGACGGCGACACAAUGCAACUAACACAAAUGUUACAACAAGAGGAAGAUGGUGGAGACACGAUGCAGUUAACGCAGAUAAUACAAAAUCACGACAGUAUUGAAGCGCCAAUGGAAUUCUCGCAAGCACUACGAGAAGAAAAUCACGAUGAUGAAGAACCGAUGCAGUUAACACAAGUGAUCGUAUCACCAGACAUUCGGGUCGCAAAUAACGUCUCUUUGAACCGCACCCCACGGCGUAGAUUAUCCUCGCUUUCAUUUGGUAGAGACUCAACCGCUGAUCACAGUAUUGGUUCUGAUUACGGCGAUCGAAUGGUAUCAAUGCAUGGCAAUGAGAAUGUCAAUAUACUGGAAGAAGAAUAUCCGCAUCUCAGCAACUCUUUCCUCGAUGAUAACACUAUCACACAAAAUAUCUCUCUCUCUGACUUUCUACAGUACGUUGGCAUCACUUUCAAAGAAAACAUCACCGUUAAAAAUCGUCGGCGUACGUCAGGUUUCAAUCAAAGCCGAGGAGCAUCGACCAUGCUUGAACAAGCCACUACAGCAGCCUGUAUCAUGCCCGAAUUAGACAUGUAUAAGACGCGUUGCGAAGAGUUGGUGGAGCUCAUAGAUGCGGAUCACAAGGCGUUAAAAGCCAUCGACAAAGAAGUUAGCGAGAAAAACCCUCAGUUUUUCGCUGAAUAUCUGGAAGCUAAUGUGCAAUUACGAAGCCAGCUAGAGGAACGUUUUAGACUGAUACGGAAGUAUGCUCAAGCUGGUACACGACGUCUUUGGUAUGAAUACAGGUCAAGUUUUACCGAGGAACUGAAUGACCUAUUGAAAGAAAAGAUUCAAAAGUUUGACGAGGAUAAGCAGUUCUUACGGAUGAUGGAAAACGAACUACGGAGGCAACUCCCUUAUCUGUCGGCCUACAAAGAUGGACUGAAAAAGUCAUUGGAGGAAGCACGUAAAAGAGAAGAAGAAUAUCAUCAAAUUGACCAGGAACAGCUAGCAAGUUUGGAAGCCGAAAUUGAAGAACAGAAGAUCAUACUGGAAGGUUUUAAAGAAGACACCAAAAGUUUGGAGCAAGAAGAGAAUGAACUCAGUCAAAGAAAGACUGAAAUGGAGCAUCUUAAGGAUGAGGCUGCAGCCGCCAUUGAUCGUGCCAACAAGACGAUCGCCGAAAAUCAAUACGCAACGAUUGACGACUUGGUUAACGCGAAACAGCAAUUUGCAGCUUGCUGUGCUCUUGGACAGUGGCGUCUGCUACAAAAUGACGAAACCAUGACGAAUGUUAUGAUAGAUAAUGAUUUGCAAGUGACAAUCGCUUCCCUCAAGUUAAAGCAACAAGAAGAAGGCGCCGUCAAUAUACGAGUUGUUGAAACUGAAGAUGAAGGUGUCGGGUUACUUGCAGAGCUGGCUCAUGGCCUAAAUACCUUAGUGUCCGACGCUAUUCCUCAGUCUGAGAUGUUGCAGAAGAUGGCUAUCUAUUGGAACCGUGUAAAGAUGAUUCAUCGAGAAAUUCUGAGGGCUCAACGACGGUUUUGGGUUGAACUGACGAAGCUCACCGAAAACGAGGAUACAGAUCCGGGAGAUCAUGGUGUUCAAUGUGAUAUCACGCUAUUGAGCUACCUGAACAGCACCAAGUUUUCCUUUUCAUUACAAAUUCGUCCAAAAGAUGUCAUGGCGUUCCCGAAAUUGAUUACAGAUGGAUUAAGAGUGCGAUUGGAUUACGGACAUAUCAAGGAAGAAGAAUUGGAAGCCUUGAUUGCAAUGGAACUGAGAGAGAAUGGUAUAAUUGAUUUUGUCGAUAGUCUUCGAAACGUAAUUGAGAAAAUACAGUAAAUAAGUUUUGUGAAUAUGGCAUCUCAACACAAGAAAUGAC